AUGGCCGGUAUUUCGCCUCGCAGCAGGCGCAUGGAUCUUCCCUGGGAUCGCGCAGAUGUUCAAGAGUACAAGGCGCUGGAGGGAUAUUGUGUGGAUCUGGACCGCCUCCUCGAGUCGUCAACAGAUGCACAUGCUUUCCUGGAGCGCGUCGCAGCGCUCGACCAGAGAUAUCAGGAGGCAUGGUUCGCAGAAGAGUUUGGCAGCGCGCAGGCGGAUCCCAUGCAGGCCUUCCGAGCAGCCCCUACGGGCGGCGUCGUUUGCGCAGCUCGGGCGCCAAAGGCCCCAAGUGGACUCAGUGCGCAAGGGUCCGAAAUCUUGCAGCGUCACGCUGCCCUCUUUGAUUCUCGUUCGGGAAGGCCUCCGCCGCCAACUCCUCGAAUUCAGGAGGGUGCAGGAUCGUUCGCUCGCAAUCCCAUAUCCGCAGCGGGGCCGUCAGCACGUCGAUGUGAAG